CGUUAAUACUAUCACAACUAUUUAUCAAGUAUUACAACCAAAUCAAACUGCAUAGUGAAAAGAAUAUCUAAAGUGCUAUCUUAUGGGCUAGUUCAAGUGCAUUUUGAACACCAGUACGCUGUCGAUAUAAGUGUACAGUUUGUCAACAAACCAUCACUUGAAUCCACAUUACCAUCGUACCAUCCAGUAGCGUCAUUGCUGUGAAUAACCGGGCGCCUCCAUGAAACUAGCUGCCACCAUACACAUCACUGAUCCACUUGAGUCGUUUUGCCACUGAAGUAGGGGAAUGAGUGCUCUCUGCGUGUUAUGAAAAAUGAAGCUUGUGUGAAAAAUGAACAAAAGGAAAUACACAAAACAGUUCACAAAUAAACGAUUGACGCAUUGAAGAAGUUUUUACCGAUGCAGACAUGGUGAAAGCACGUACUUGUUGAGUGUUUUUUUCUGUUGAAUCACGUGUGUUUCGAAUUAAAACCGGAUGGAAAUCCUUCAAUAUAUUGCCUAGCAUGUAUUGUGCUGUGCUGGAUUAGUUGGUAUUUUGAAACUAUCUAAAAGUUAUAACGUAUUAACAAGUUAACCACGCGAUUUAGAAAGUUAAUAAACAGUCGAAAAUAUGUAUGAAAAACAUUCGUUUUACCAUUUAAAUGUGUCGCUAAAUAUCUAACAUCGGACAUUAAACAGAUAAGCGUGUAUGUGUUUCUUUGAAAAAAGUCGAAACAAUUUGGACUGUAUAAUGUGAAAGGCUUUAUAAGCACAGAUGUUGCGUUUGAAACUGGCUAUUGGCGAAUGUUCGGAACGAAACAACACAGGGAUAUAAUGAUGCUUUUGAAUAGUCGGUUUGGACUAUUUGUAACGUGUCUUCUGAUAUCUGAUAUUGUUGGUCUAAAGCUAAAAACCGUACGUAUACCGUCGUACAAACGUCGAUUUGAAUCCGCAUUACUUGAGUGCCACUACGAACUGAACGGCCAGCGAAAAGGACAUGGAGGUAAUCGGCGACAUCAUACCUACCCGAGCGACUAUGUGGGUGAGCCCUUCGAAGAGGAGGAAAAGCUCUACUCAAUCAAAUGGUACAAAGACAACGAGGAGUUCUAUCGGUACGUGCCGUCGGCUUCGCAACCGAUCAAGAGUUACAAAAUCGACGGUAUCUCGGUCGAUCCGAACCAUUCGGAUGGUACGAAGGUGUUGCUGCGAAGGUUAACACUUAAAUCUUCCGGUAUCUAUCGAUGUGAGAUCUCGGCGGAAGCGCCCAACUUCGAUUCGGUGCAAGGCGAAGGUCGAAUGGAUGUGAUAUAUGCUCCAAAGGAUGGACCGCACAUUAGCGAUGGUGGAAGACAAAGCUUCCGAAAUGGUGAAACGAUGGAGUUCAAUUGCACGUCUGCUCGUUCACAUCCAGCCACCACCCUGCAGUGGUAUAUAAAUGAUUUGCAGGUGAUGGACCCGGACAGCAUCAUACACUAUCCACCGGUACAAAGCCAGCAAGGGUUGAUUACCACCUUUCUGGGCUUGAGUAUGGUCGUCAACCAUCGACUCUUCAUCGAUGGGAUGAUACGGAUCAAGUGUGUGGCGAUCUUAUCACCCGUCUUAUGGCGUGGUGGACAGGAAAGCAUCGUCCAGUGGGAGCAACCAACGAUCGACAGUCGUUCUGCCAUGUUGUUAGUAAAAAGUAAUGACACGAGCAGAAGCAGAAUCUUCAUAGUGCCCUUUAUCAGUCUUGUGCUUUACGCAAUUUGCCCGAUACAUGCUUGCGUAAAUUGGUGAUAGUGUGUUCUAGGGAGAUUAAACAUGAAACACAAAUCCCAUCGCAUAAAUGGUUGCACAUUCAGCAACGAAUGAUUGAAGAGGUGCAUAAUAAAUCAUAAUGAAUUAUUGAUUUUCCACUUCGUAUUAUUUCGUUUUAUUUCGUUUAAUUUCUCAAUUAUGUCGAAAAGUUCAAUACAUUCAAACAUCAAAACAUUUGUUUGGCAACGUUCAAUAUUACUUAUUAUAUUAUAUAUUAUAUUAUAUUACUUAUGUGUUUGAGCAUUAAAUUCAAAGCACAAUCAAAAGCAAUUUAAGAGUCGAAAAUUUUAAAUACAAUUGUAAGUAAAAUAGAUUACAUCAGUAGUAUCAGUUUUGUUAGUGUCAUAUUCCGUGAGACGGAACGCAUUAUAAGUAGUAAUAAGAAGAGAAAAAUAAACAAUGCAAGGUGUACAAUACAACGUUUACGUUAGUAAUUCGGCAUGCAACCGUUUAACAAUAAAUCAUAGUAAAAAAUAAUGUAAAGCUAAUGGGAGAUACCAUGUUAUAUAUUUUAAGUAGCAAUCAAAACUCGUAAACAAAUUAUCAUAUAGCCGCUAGGAGAGGACAACGAGAUUUUCCACGAAAAUUUAAGUAACAUGGAAAUAAGAAUCACUUUCAACGGUGUUGUUUUGUAAAUAAAGUUGUCAACCAUGACAAUACAUCUGUACCACACUAAA